UUUUUCACACUCGCGGGCCGCGAGUUAACGAGUUCGGAGUUAACUCCAUCGCGCCGCGACUCGUUCAGUCAGUCAGUCAGUCAGUAGGACUCGCUCGUUCAUUCGUCCGCCUGUUGCCUUGUUAAUUGUACACGCUCGCGCGGUCGCUCGCUUCAUCAUUCGCUAAGUGAUCGCGUUAGUGCUUUCUUCGAGGCGCUUUUUUUUGCGCGCUCCGGCCCAUCCGAAUACACCACUUUUUCUCAUCAAUUUAAACAUUACAUUAUCAGAACCAUCAAGUGCCAACCAUCAAGUGUAUGUUGUAAGGAAAUGUUUUCUGAGCGUAACAUUUCUUGAUACCUGUGCGAAUAUGAUGGGAACUUAAAAUUAUUUGAAAAAUUUAUUCGCGAAGAAAGUAACAAAGAAGAUUUUUGAAGAUUUCCAACUAGUUUUCGAAGAAUUUGAGGAGUUGCCAGGAUGGAUAACUUUAUGAUUUACCUUAUUGGAUUCUCCUUGAUAUCCCUGACAAUAUCAUAUGGUUUCGAUGCGGGUACCGAUCAAGGUGCUUGUGGUAAACCGGUCCGUGCCUCCCGGGCAAUGAACAAACCCCCGUGUGAUUUGAUCAAAGAAAGCUACUGCACCUCAGCAGGAAAUCAAUACCCCUGGCAUGCAGUGCGUCGAUUUAUAAGAGAAAAUCAAGGAUUAAUGCGUCGCAUGUACGGCGAUGAGAGACACCUGGCUGUACUCAAAGCUGAACUGCAUAAUGAAGUUGAAAAAGAUUACGAUUUCGAUGACGAUUACGAACCGCCGACGUCUUUCUACCGCCAGGCGACCGAGAAUGAAGACCUCUACCAGAAUGGAGACUUUAAAACGCGGUAUUCCAAACAGGAUCACCUCAUAUUUGACGAUAAUGAACUUUUUGAUGAAGCCCGCUAUAUACACCAGCAGGACCGCAAGGAAGAAAUCAUCCUAAACACAAAAUUUGUGUAUAGCCAGGAGCCUGGUAUGCAGAUAAAACUGAAAGAAGUGCUUCAAGCACCGAAAUUCACACAGAAACAACAAAAAGACGAUGCUAAACAGACAGAAACCCUGUCCCAACCGCAGGAAGCAGCAGAAGUUGUCGAUGUGGAGAAUGGGACCAACUCGCUGGGAAGGAAUUACACUUAUGGACAGGUGACAGGUGAAGUAGGUCAAGGAUACCAAGGAAAACACAGUGGGUCCAACGAGUCCACCAAUCAGGAUGCUGUGAAUGUAAACAAUGACAACUUACAAACUAAUGAGAAUAUUGAGUUUGCUACGCAGACCUCCAGCACAUCGCAAGGUAUAAGCACUGAAGGAUUACCACCAGUGAAGGAAAGCACUACCUUCAAGCAAGAGGAAGACCACAGGACCAGUUCGUAUAAACCGGAAGUUUAUGAAACCAGUGCGACUAGUGAAGACUAUGAAGAAGAGACCACCACGCAGGAAACUUACGAUCAAACGGAGAACCCUGAUAAUAAACGUCCGGUGGGCGAGAUGCUCUUCCAAGACUUCCAGGAGAGUAAUAGUAAACCACCUCAUAAGGACUACAACUAUAACAAUAAAUUACGUGGAGUAAAUGCUUGUCCUGUCAAAGAAGAAGUAGUUGCACCAUUCUGGGCCAAUAAUACUCGUGGUGAAGUCCUGGCGCUGUUGAAUCUCUACCCAUUCGAACAAUAUGUGCAUUGGGAGAAGUGUACUUACGAACACCGUCAGAUGUACUGCCGUGAAGGUUGUCGCUGUGAACAACAGUACCGCCUGCAUCGCCUGCUCGCCUACGAUCCAAACAAUGAAUGCCGAGGAAUCUUCUCCGAUUGGUUCCGCUUCCCGUCGUGCUGCGUGUGUAAGUGCUACGACAUGCCGGCGGAAUUUCGCGUCACGUCGCGCAGCCCACGCUCGAGGAAGGACCCGGAACGCAGGGAGGAUAAACGCGAGCGCGAAAAACCGAGCACAUGGUUCGCCAAAAAGAAGUUGAACCUGAAGCGCUUUAAUUGAUGGUCAAGACUUCAUCGCCCGGUUGAAGCAAAGUAAUAACCAUAAGGCUCGUGCUAUUUUAUUACAUUUUAGUUACAAUUGAUUAGGUCCCUUAGGAGAUCCAAGAUGGCGGCAGAGAGGCUUUUAGAGAAAUACGUGAACAGGUUUUGUUGUAUUUGAUAUGCUAUAGUUUAGAUAUUCUAUGUUUAUGCAUCGCGAUUCGCUGCGUUUUAACUUAAUUGUGUUGUUCUUUAUUGGAGGAGCGAGAAUAUUUAUAUUUUAUUGUAUAUUAUGACUAGUUGUUAUUCGUACUCUGCGCUGGUACUCAUAUUUUGUAUAUUGUUGUUGAGAGAUUUUAUAUGUUUAAAUAAAUAAACUGUUACAAGAC